AUGAUAUCGCUGCGAAGACUAGCAGCUCAUUGCGAAGAUGCAGAUUUCUUCAACAUAGAAACGUCAGCCCCAGGGCAAUGGUGUUUGCAGUCACUGAAUAGCUCUGUCAGAGAACUUCGUGUCGCUGCCGGUAGGACGCUGGGGGCUUUCAUGCCAACAAGACCUGCCAAUAAUGUUGGGGAAGACCUGAUUGCGAGGAAUCGUAAAAACACGAUUGCUCUGCUCAAAUCAACAUCUGAUCAAGACCCGCCGCAUUUAGUGGAAACUCGAGUUCUGGCAUGGGGUCAGGUUGGUCGCGUGGUCUCAGAAGAUGAGCUGAAUUUGGUGUUGAUCAAACUUCUCGACUACCUCGGCAGCAGCAAUAAUUUCGUGUCUGCCUUCACGUUUAAUGAGCUUCUGAAUCUUGCAGAGGCUCGGAAUACAACGCCGCGGCGCCUCCUUGAGCCAUUCUGGAAGAGCCUUGCCUACAUGACGACAAAGGACAUGAUUCAACGACCCCAACGAAGCCGCGCUGUCGCGGAACUGCUGCAAAUAUCCGUCAAUGAUCUUCUUUUGUUGAUACAAACACACGCGCUUCCUUGGUUAGUACUGGACAAGCGUCAAGACGUAAUUCAGAGGAUCGCCGAAGCUCGACAAGAAAAGGAGGUUUGGAGACAGCUGAUGGAUGGAUCGAAUCUUGCGGCAACGUUGGCUCUGUUAUUGGUACAGGACACUGGCGAUAUUGAGAAAUUUGCCAAAUCUCGCUUGAACGAAAUAUCUCCUCAUUUCCAUUCCCUAUCACUUCUUGUUCUGUUUCAGUCGGAGCCUGUCUUGAUUGCUUUAGAGCUUCUCAAGACAGCUGCGAGAGCGGAUGAAGCCAAACGAUCUCUUGUUCAUCGAGCCCUUCACCUAAUGGCAACAACUAUUUUGAGCACGAACAAGGAUACUAAAAGCAAGAAAGGAAACGUGAUUGGUCGAUUUUUGCAAUCCCACGUUUUGGGCCUCAUGGCUCGUCUGACCGAUGUUAUCAACGAUUCAAUUACGUUGCAGCCUCUUAUUAUGGAACAAAAGAGCGCCGUCGCGACUUUGGAAGAGAUGCUCAAAGUCUGCAAGCAAUAUGUCCGGGUUGCCAGGCCGCAGAUAUCGGCCUGCCUUCUCGCAGCAAUUUCUCAGGAACCUUUAAGAGAGGCUUGCUUUUCUUGCUGGGCCGCAAUGCUUGCUCAUCUGGAGGAAGAGGACAUCGAAGCAUUGCUCGAAACUACCUUCUUCAUUGUCCGUCGGUACUGGCCUGUGUUGGAAGAAACAACCGCGACUGUUUGCGAAAAUAUGCUUCGAUCCUUGCUGGUUAGGCAUGGUGCCAUGAUUGAGAUUUACAUCAGUAAGCUCCCGUCGCUGUCGUGCUGCAAGGGACUUGAAGUCGUUGAGAAGAGCCUCGAAGGAAUGCGUCCAGUUCUUUCGAUGGAAGAAGCACUCGCCGUGUUUGCCCAGAGGGUUAGUCAUGACAAUGCGGGUGUAGUUCACCAGGCUUUGACUGAACUUGCCCCUUACCUAAGGGAUAACCAGAGCGCCUUGUACACCUCUGCUGUGAGCCAAAGGCCAGAUAAUGCAAUUACAAGUCUUAUCGGCUGUCUCGAUUCCAAUCAGAUCGAAACAGUUCGAGAACAGCGAUCUAUUGUUGUGUUGAACAAUUUCGUGGCGCCGGAGGAGAUGACCGACUUUGGGUUGUUUAUGCUUGAGGAGGUUUUAGUUCCGUCAUUUUUAUCUGCGACAGAUACCAAACUUCAAGGAUUCCUUUCUUACGCCAUGCAAGAGCUGCUCGACAAAUGCGAGAUCAAAGCAGCUUGUGCUAUGAACGAAACUGGCAUGCUCGGUGGCAACGACAUUUACAGGAAAUGGAUCGCCAUUCCAGACCAUGCUCGAGAGGUCAUGAGCCCCUUUUUAAGCUCUAGAUACAUGGUUGCUCCAAUGCCUCCAGUCAUUGUGGAAUAUCCCAUCUUCCAUCCAGGCAAACCUUAUGGCAAUUGGCUGCGGUCCUUUGUUAUCGACAUGCUGAGGGCGGGACAACAUCCCCAUGCUGACUUGCUCUUUGAGCCUCUUAUGCGCGUGAUCCGUGUUAAAGAUUUAUCUACAGCCGAGUUUCUUUUGCCCUAUCUAGUAAUCCACAUAUUGCUCGGGGCACGGAGCAGCGAGGAUGAAAAGAAACGGAUAGUGAAUGAGCUUUUAGGGGUUUUGAGACACCAUCCCGCUGACGAUGCGUCGUACCUGGAACGGGAAGAAAUGAAACGAUAUUGUCAUGCCGUGUUUCGUUGCCUGGAUUAUGCCAUGAGAUGGAUCCAAGAAAAGCGUGCAGCUGGAAGACUUUCUGCCGAAGGCAAAGAGAGCGUCGCACGAAUACAACGCGUACUCGAUCAAAUACCCGCAGAACUCAUCUCGCAACGAGCCACCGACUGCAAUGAGUACUCUCGUGCUCUGUUCCACCUUGAGCAACAUGCGCAGAAAAUGGAGCAGCAAAAACAGGCGCCCGGGGAUCGAAGCAGAUUGCUAGAGAAGCUUCAGGAUAUUUAUGCCCAUAUUGACGAACCAGACGGCCUGGAAGGCAUCUCUUCACAGCUUCACGCACUUGACAUAAAUCAACAGAUCCUGAGCCACAAAAAGGCUGGUCGAUGGGCGUCAGCUCAAACUUGGUACGAAAUGCAGCUUGCUGAGAACCCUCAAAACACCGAGGUUCAAGUGGAUCUUCUCAAUUGUUUGAAGCAAGCCGGCCAGCAUGAUGUGCUCUUGAAUCACAUUGAGGGUAUGCAGACGGACCCUUCAGCCGAGAACAAAGUUCUGCCAUUUGCUGUGGAAGCAGCCUGGGUCACUGGCCGAUGGGAAAGCCUAGCCAAAUUUACAGGGCGAUUUCAGGAAGAUGUCGCUCAAGAUUUUAACAUGUCUGUCGCCUGUCUGUUUGACUCUCUAUAUCGCCACGCCGGACCGGAUCCACUUGACAAGCUUGUACAAAGCAUGCAGGACAAGAUAGCCUUAUCCAUGACUGCGUCAGCCACGGCUUCACUGAAUGCCGCGCAUGAGAUCUUGUUGAAGUGUCACGUUCUGACAGACUUGGAUGUCAUUGUCAAUACCAAACCUGGCAACGAAACUGAACGGCGGAGAACUCUAGGUUUGUUGGAUGGUCGACUAGAAAUCAUUGGAGGAAGGUUCAGCGAUAAGCAAUACGUCCUCGGCAUCAGACGCGCUGCCAUGGAGCUGUCGAGACCAACUUUUGCGGAUCUGGACAUUUCGGGUCUGUGGCUGUCCAGUGCCAGGCUGGCUCGAAAAACCAAUUCCUUCCAUCAGUCCUUCAAUGCUGUGUUGCAUGCCUCCCGACUAGGCGAUGACUCGGCAACGAUCGAGAACGCGAAGCUGUUGUGGAGGGACAACCAUCAUCGCAAGGCUAUUCAAAUGCUUCAAGGUGCCAUUGAACGCAACAAAUUCAUGACGAAGACUGACCCGUCAACGAGCGCUGGCACGGCCGGGACCUCGAAGCUGAACCCGCAACAACGACUGCUGACUGCCCGGGCACAGUUACUCCUUGCCAAGUGGCUCGAUGCCGCUGGGCAAUCUCACGCCGUCGCAUUGCGAGAAAAGUACCAACAGCCUCCCAAGACGUACUCGACCUGGGAGAAGGGCCACUACUACCUUGGCCGACACUACAAAAAAAUCCUGGAGGCUGAACAGUCCCUCAGAAUCGAGCAUCAGAGUGAUAACUACGUCACGGGAGAAAUCGCCAGACUUGUGAUUGAAAACUAUCUGCGGUCUCUUAACUCGGGAACCAAAUAUCUUUACCAAACUCUUCCACGAAUACUGACAUUGUGGCUGGACGUCGGGGCACAGGUCGACAAGGCGCCAGAGGGCAAGGUUUCACUUUCCCGAGAACUACAUAAGCGACGAGUCGAACAGCUCAAUAUUCUGCAUGCCUUCCUAGACAAGUACAUCAACCGCUUGCCGGCGUACAUCUUUUACACGGCUCUGCCGCAAAUUGUGGCUCGAAUCGCUCACCCAAACAUUGCAGUCUUCGAGCGCCUCAGUCACAUCAUAACAAAGGUUGUCGAGGCGCAUCCAAGACAAGCCCUGUGGAGUCUCAUUGGCAUCAUGACUACGAAGCAGGCAUCCGAGCGAAAGGUGCGAGGCGCACAAAUCCUGCAGGCUCUGAGGGGAAUUCAAAGAAAGGCGGACGGCGCGUCCCAGGAUGUCAAGUACCUCAUCAGGGCUGGUGAAAAGCUGGCAGAGCAACUUCUUCUAGCCUGUCAAAACGGCGAGUUUCACAGCAACAAAACGGUCAAGGCGAGUCUUUCACGAGAUCUCCGCUUCCAGCACAAGUGCACACCCUGCCCGCUGGUGGUGCCUGUAGAAAGCUCUCUGACGGCAACGCUGCCUGCUGUUUCCGACCAUGUGAAGAAACACAAUGCCUUUUCUCGGGACGUCGUCACAAUCGACUGCUUCCUGGAUGACGUCCUCGUGCUGAGCUCACUCGCGAAACCGAGACGCCUGACCGCGAGGGGGUCCGAUGGCAAGAGCUACAUGUUGUUGAUCAAGCCAAAAGACGAUCUCCGGACAGACCAGCGUCUCAUGGAGUUCAACGGCAUCAUCAAUCGGUCCUUGAAGCGGGACGCGGAGUCCAGCAGGCGACAGUUGUACAUCCGAACGUACGCCGUUGUCCCAUUGAAUGAGGAGUGCGGCAUCAUCGAGUGGGUUCCGGGAAUCAAGACGAUGAGAGACAUCCUGUUGAACCUGUACGCGUCGCAGAAAAUCCACCCCGACUACGCGACACUCAGGCAAUUGAUGGAUGAAGCAUCAACAUCUGAGAGCAAAAUCCGAAUCUUCACCGACGACGUGCUGGGGCGAUUCCCGCCCCUGCUGCCGCUGUGGUUCAUUCAACAGUUUCCCAAUCCGUCGGCGUGGUUUGCGGCUCGUCUCAGAUACACUCGGUCAUGUGCGGUCAUGUCCAUGGUGGGCACAAUCCUCGGCUUGGGCGACCGGCAUGGUGAAAACGUCAACUUGGAGGAAGGCAACGGCGGGACAUUCCACGUGGACUUCAACUGCCUCUUCGACAAGGGCCUGACCUUUGCCAAGCCUGAACGGGUCCCGUUCCGCCUUACACACAACAUGGUUGCAGCGAUGGGCAUAUACGGAUACGAGGGGCCGUUUAGAAAGUCGUCGGAGCUAACCCUGAGCAUUCUCCGGCAACAGGAGGAAACGCUGAUGACCAUCUUGGAGGCGUUCAUAUACGAUCCAACACUGGAUUUACAGAAGGAAAAGAAGUCGUCGAGGAGAGGCGAUGCAAGCGUCAGGCUGCAGCCGCAGAGCGUGGUGGACAGCAUCAAGAGGAAAGUCAGAGGGCUUUUGCCGAACGAGAGCAUUCCGCUGAGUGUGGAAGGUCAGGUGGAAGAGCUCAUCAAACAGGCUGUCGACCCGAGGAAUUUGACGGGCAUGUAUAUUGGAUGGUGUCCAUUUUUGUAG